UCCUUCCUCUUUUCAUCUCCCUUCUCAUCUCCCUGUCUUUCAUUCAUGAAUAACCCUAACCUUCUUCAUCUUCUUCCUCCUUCCAUGGAUCAUCAACAACUCAAAGAAGAAGACCAAGAAGAGAAGUCAUCAUCACUAUCAUCAUCCAAGAAUCAAAGUGAAGAAGAUGAAUCAUGGUUAGACUUGUGCCUUGGAAAAAGUAGUACUGAUAGUAGUACAAGUAGUAUGACUAAUAUUAUAAGUUCUUCUCCAAAGUCAAGUGGAAAACACAAGGUGUUCACAUGCAACUUUUGCAUGAGAACUUUCUUUAGCUCUCAAGCACUUGGAGGACAUCAAAAUGCUCACAAGAGAGAGAGAAGUGAAGCAAGAAGGUUCCAUCAAGCUCAGAGAUUUAUCGAAAGCUCUUCGAUCAUGCCGUCUUUUCGGUCUCUUGGAGUUCAAGCUCACUCUAUGAUUUCCAAGGUUCAUGGUGAUCAUAGAAGAGGAGAUAUGGUUGCAAGGUUUGAUAAGAUCAUCAUGAGUGGAGUUCAUCAUCCAAAUAAUAACAACACUUGUUUUGCUUUCGGUGAUUUAGAUUGUUUCAGUCAUGACUUGAGAUGGCAAAGGAGUUACAAGAUUACUACUGGUUUUGAUCAUCAGCAUGAUCAUGAGUUGCAGAAAUCAUCAAGAUUCAAUAUCAAUAUUGAUCUUGAUCUAAGACUUUGAUUAUUGUUUACUAUUAAUUAUUGCUAUUAUUAUGUAAUGAAGAAAAAGGUUUGUUAGUUGUUGUUGAUUAGUGAGUUGAGUUGCAGUGUGAUUGUGAUCAAUUGUAUCAAUUAUGUUCAGAAA